CACUGCGCAGUCACUUCCUCACAGAACGAGGGAGCGAGUGAGAGAGCAGAGGAAAGAGGCGAAGAGGUAGAGAGACACUGAAAACGUAGAAAAGGAAGACCGCAGUAAAGGAGGAAGCCAUUGUGGGUCCUGGGUGACAUAUGUCUGUUGUCUUCUCUGGUUUCUUGGGGGGUGGGGGCUGAUUUGAGGAAGUAAAAACUGAAGACGGUUGGUGGAUAUUUUGCCACCUCAGAAUCUUUAAUAGACAUUUGGCUUUGAAUGUGGCAGAAAGGGGUGGUGAAGACACAAGGCCCGUCCAGAAGGCGUCCAGUUGAACGAGCAACAGGAAGGAAAAGACCACGAGGUUUUAAAAAUCCUCCACUUGGAUGUUGGCUUCUUGUGAGAGGGUAACAGGUGUUGGUUUCGGGAUCAGCUGGACGGACGUGAGGAGUACGCAGUAUGAAUUCGGACCGAGUGCCAUCCAGAUCGGAGGUGAUGGGGUGGAGCCCACAGCAGCUGGCAGACUACCUAAAACGGAUGAAUCUGUCCGGCUGUGAUAAAGUCGUGAUGAAGAACUCCAUCAGCGGCUCCAGAUUUGUGAAUUUGAGUGAUAACGACCUCCAGAAAUUUCCUAAACUUCACACACCGAUGAUCUCCAAGAUCAGCAUUGAAAUCGGCAAGAAGGAGGAGAAGAGAGGCUUAUUUGGUAAAAAAUCCUCUGCACCCAAAUACCAGGAACCAGCUGAUGUGACGACAGCUGACGAUCAGGGAUGGGAUGAUGACGAGUUUGAUGAUGAGGGUGACUAUGAGAGUCCGUACAGUGAUGAAGGCAGCGUGGGCGACUACGAGUCCCCGGCUGAGGACCUGGACAUGGCUGGCGAAUACGAGCCCCCCCCCUCAGAGCCCCCAGAGGACCACAAGCUGUGCCUCACCACGCCCCUCGGGGACGGGGAAUACAUCGAUAAGAGGGGUAACCUGUUUCCAGGUGGAGGCCCGCCCCCUGCCGUGUGUCCCCGCCCACCCAUCGCCACCCUAUCAGCUCGGAUGCCUGGAGAGUCGUCCUCCAGAAGAGACCCCUCCCCUCACUGCGCCGGACGACCAUCAGGAAAAUUUCCUCCUGAACCACCGCAGAUCUUCCGUGGAAACAAACCUGGCAGAGACUCAGGAUCCAACCCAUCCCCCGUCAGAGGACGCAACAUACGCAACAAACCGGAAGCCCAGCAGUCCUGGAGAUCUCCUCCUGACAUCUCUGAUCCUCCCAGCUGGUCCAAACCUCCCGUUCCUCCUCCUGCCACCUCCGUCAGCAGGAGUAACUCCUCCGCCCGACCCUCACCCGGCAGGUUUGAAGGACGGAAAGAGCCAGCGCUUGAUGAAGCUAGCAAGAUCAACACCUACCCCAUCCACAGAGCGAGCCACUCCCCUCGCCCCGCCGUGUCUGGGCCCCACCAGCGCCAGUCAGAGAGUUUGCCUCCCGGUGUUCCUGCUGCAGGGACUCUGCCUCACAGACUGCACUCUGCAAUGGCUGAACAGCGGAGCGGCUUGGCCGGACCGGACAGAUCGCCGUUUCCUCUUCCUCCAACAACCAGCUUCACAGAGGACCUGGACCCUCGCUGGUAUGUGGGUAAAGUGACUCGCGGUCAGGCUGAAGGAUGUCUGAAACAAGUCCGCAAGGAUGGGGCAUACCUAGUAAGGGACAGCAUCCGGCAGCAGGCCAACCAGCCAUUCACCCUCAUGGUCUACUACCAGGACAAGGUCUACAAUGUCCAGAUAAGGCAGCAGAAUCAGCAGUACCAGCUGGGUACUGGACUCAAAGUCCAGGAGUCUUUCCUGUCUGUCAGUGACAUCAUCAGCCAUUAUUCCCAGUCUCCUCUGCUCCUUAUUGAUGCCAAAAACCGCAGUGCCAGCCAGCAGAACCAGUGUCUUCUCUCUGACCCGGUUGGAUACUAUAUGACCAGACAGAACUGGUCCUGACCAAACUGAACUGGAGGAGCAGCCGCCAAACCGAAACAGAUGAAUGUUAACCUCUGACAUUCACAAGUAAAAACAUCAGAUCUUUGCACGUUACUGUGGUUUCUUUUCAGUUUAAAGUCCAUUUUCUGUUUCUUUGUAGAGAUUCAUUUCAGUUAUUUUGUGAUGAUCAUUUGAUGCUUUUUGUUGGGUGAAGCUUGCAGGUCUGCAGUAUUCAGUUUUGGUCUUUUUCACAAACUGUCAAUCUUUAUGUUAAGAAAUGUCUUGCUUAUGUUCUCUGACUUAAAUAAAGGCUUUUUUGCUGGU